CUUUAGUUCCUAGAGUGGAGUCGAGCAGUCUAGACCGAUCAGAGCGUGGAGAUAAAACACGAGUUAGCAAUGUUUCCGAGGAACCACAGUAUGUACGUGACCCUGUUUCUGUGGAUUACAGCCUCCUUGAGCCUCGGAAAUGCAGCCACGAAGAAGCAGGACGAGUCCUUCUUCACGGGUAGCAUUUACCGAGCAAGAUGCGCUUCGAGGUGUCUCAGUCUUCAUAUCACGCGCAUAUCUGCUUUUUUCAAGCAUUUUCAGAAUAAUGGAUCACUGGUGUGGUGUCAGAAUCAUAAGCAGUGCUCAAAGUGUCUGGAACCCUGCAAGGAAUCCUGGGACCUGAAGGAGAACCACUGCCAGGACUUGUGUGAGCCCCUGUUCCCUAAGAAGCACUACGAGUGCCUGACGAGCUGCGAGUUCCUGAGGUCGGUGGAGAGCGUGAAGCAGGGGGACUGCCCCGCCCCGGAGAAGGCCAGCGGCUUUGCGGCCGCCUGUGUGGAGAGCUGCGAGGACGACGCCGAGUGUUCCACCGUCAAGAAGUGCUGCUCCAAUGGCUGCGGCCACACGUGCCAGCUGCCCAAGAACCUGUACAAAGGAGCCCCUCUUAAGCCGCGGAAGGACCUGAGCUUUUCUGAGCUUCCGUCUGGCCUGCUGGAGAUCCGCUGGUCCUCCAAAUUCAACAUCUCAGUGGAGCCCGUCCUGUAUGUGGUGCAGCGCAGGUGGAACUAUGGCAUCCACCCCAGCGAGGAUGAUGCCACCGACUGGCAGACCGUGGCACAGACUACAGAGGAGCGGCUCCAGCUCGCUGAUAUCCGCGCCAGUAGGUGGUACCAGUUCCGGGUCGCUGCCGUAAACGUGCACGGGACCCGAGGCUUCACGGCCCCCAGCAAGCACUUCCGCUCCUCGAAAGAUCCCUCUGCACCCCCCGCUCCAUCCAGACUGAGGAUCACCAACAUGACGGUCGGCGCCGAAGGUCGAGUCCUGGCCCGAUUGAGCUGGACCCUGCCGGAGGAGCCGGACCUCCCCAUCCACCACUUCAAAGUGUUCUGGAGCUGGACCGUGGGUGACCGGUCCCUGGUGCCAUCCAAGAAGAAGAGGAGAAAGACCACAAAUGGGGCCCAGAAUUUUGUGGACCUGGAGGGGCUCCAGGCCAAUAGCAGCUACACCGUGGAGCUGCAGGCAGUGACGUACUGGGGCCAGGUGCGCCUGAAGAGCGCCAAGUCCACCCUGCACUUCACCACCAUACGCAUCAACGACACGAAACCGUCCUCAAAGCCGAAGAAGGACGAGAUUCUGACUUCCAGCUCAAGCUUGAGCCCCGUGAAACGACCGAUGGGGCCUCUGGAGGUGGGGACCCCUUUUUAUCAGGACGGCCAGCUCCAAGUCAGAAUCUACUGGAAGAAAAGAGGAGACUCUGUGGCAAGCCGUUACCAUGUCCAGUGGUCACCUGAGUUCUGCAGCCACAACGAGACCAGGGAACCAGAGAAAUCUGUCACCCAGGAAAACUAUAUCAAUUUGCCGGGCCUGCUGUUCUCCUGCAAGUACAAGGUGACGGUCCACACCAUGCGGUCCAAGGGCCGUUCCAAGGCGGAGAGCACCACCUUCCUCACCCCAGCUUGCUCCACCCUGAGGGCCAAGACCCACAAGCACAUCCACUGCCCCGGGGAAGGAGGUCCUACGCUGCAGAAAGUGUUGGCCAAGCCGGAAAACCUGACGGCGACCUUCUCCACCCACGAGGGAAACGUCACUGGCAGCUUCUUCUGGAAGGUGUCGAAGCCGCACCCCCACCAGCGCGUCACGGGGUACCAGGUCACCUGGGCAGAGGUCACCACCGAGAGCCGGCAGAACAGCCUGCCCAAUAGCAUCAUCUCCCAGUCGCAGAUACUGCCCCCGGACCACAAUCUGUUGGUGGUGCCCAACCUGCGUCCGGGGACAUUCUACAGGCUGGAAGUGCAGGUGAUAACAACAGGAGGGGAAGGGCCCGCCACCAUGAAGACCUUCCAGACCCCUGCCCUGUCACCAGGCCUUCAGCACCGGCCUAGGCUCAGGCAGCACCACCAGCACCACCAGAAGCCGUCAGCAGAGAAGCACUGAGACCCCAAGCCAUCCCGGACCCAGCCGGACCAGAACCGGUCAUACGGGUGGGACCACUUCAGAAAUAGCAUAGGAAGGCAAACCGGAAGCAACAGAAAAUAAAUAAGAUAAAAAAAUCCAGCAGACUGUAUUUACUCUAAUGGCAUGCUCAAUGGAACAGCCUGCAGGCCUGAGACCUGUGUGACACUGUAUUUUUCCCUCAUCACACUUUUAUGUUUUAACGCAAAGCUUCCGGGAUGACAACCAAACAGUGCCCCCAGCUGGUCCAUGAAGGGAAGGGCAGUCUUCAGAUAAUAAACACACCACUUACCAAGGCGACGACAUUAAACCUUACAAAAUAGAAAUAUUCUGUAAAAACUGAAGUGUCUCAGAUAAAAGCAAGGAAUGCUGCAUCGCUACAAGUUUUUCUCUUCAUUUAGUAGAAAAAAAGACACCUUGCAAAAAAGACUCUUGAACAUAAUGGAAAAAUGCCAUAAGAAUUGUAAAAUGCAAUCAUUAUAACUGUCAUCUGUAUGGAGAAAGUAGUGUUGGAUUGUACUAUUUAUUGUACUAUACCAAGUAAUAAGAAAAGGCGCUUAAAUACAUAAUGUGGAUGGCUAAUGCAUUUAAUGAAUUUUAGCGGGGAAAUUUCAGAAGGUGUGACAUUGCAUGUAGACAGCCAUUUGAUUUAAACUGUAAAUGUUGCUUGCUUCAAACCGAAUGCUUUUCAUGGUUUUGCAUGACAAAACAUAGUGUUCUAUUCUAGGCAUGAAUACAUCUUUGUUACCUCUUUUGAAUAUGUUAGCAAGAUCCCACUAACAGAUUAACAGAGAACUCUAUGGGAAAUAAAUAUGUAUUGUUUAUUAAUAAAAUAACUUAGUUUGCAAAUGAUGGAAUUAUAUAUGUGCUUGAUUGGCUGUAGAUCUGUUUGUGAUGGUACAGUCAGUAAAUGUCUAUAUUUAUUUAUGGAUGUAUUGCAGUAAAAAAGUGUGAUUUGUGUGUUUGUGUGUUUGUUUUGUAGUGUAGCCCUUUUUUAAACUGACAGAACUCCUUGUAAAGACAUUUUGUAAAAAUGGAAUUGUAAAUAUAGUCUGUUAUGUUACCUAUUAUUUUUCCAUGGUAGAAACUGUACAUACUGUUAAUUAAUAAAAGAAUCCUUAAACCUA